AUGUCCACAACUAGCGCAACGCUUAGUCCGUCUAUGCCUGCAUCAUCGGCGGCGGACAGUGACCUCAAGAAUGUCAAGGCGGCGCUCAUCAGACCAUGCGGUGCCUUCCUUGAUGCCAACUUGGGGCGGCAGACACUCCCCUAUGUCUAUGGGUCUACUAUUGCUCAGCACGUCCGCAAAACUGGUAUGAAAAAGAUCGAACUUUGCUUGGACAGUAUCUGUCGCCGGGAGAAGAUAUUUACUCAGAACGCUUCUGACGCUUUGGACCUACUCGAAGGUGCUAUAAGCAAAGCCAUCGAUUUCCACGUCACUGAUACGACAACUACGGACGACGAGCACAGGAGACUGACCGCUAUUGUGGUGGCCGAGCUUGACACCAUGAAAGACAAGCAAGGCUUCUUCGUUCUGAUCGAACCCUUCGUCUCUAACGUCAGCGAUGCAACGGGUGUAACUGUACCUGAUGUCAUUGCCGCUACCAAAAAAGAUGUUUCCACUUCGAACGCCGUCCUGUUCUCGAUCAAGAUCUCUACUCGGAACGCAAGCUCGGCUUCGCAGAAUGGCUCGAUCACCACCACCUCUGGUGUAUCUACAUCGGACGCGAUGGACCUCGAUCUGGAUGGUGCUUCAGGAAUCCAUUGCAAUUCCGAGUCACCAGCCAACAAGUCUUCAUCCGAACUUCCAUCAGCAUCUAGUCAUGAUGUCUCAUUCCAGCAGUUUGUUCAGCUCGGUGAUAACCACCUAGCACCGAAACAAAGCGAUCACCAGUAUCUUGGUGAACUGUCUUACGAGCUCCGCCAACAAGGUCUUGUCUACCUGCACGACCAAUUGGAGAAGAUGCAGCGCCAAGUCUCUCCAAAAUAUGGGCUUUUGCUUGACAAUAAUGCACUCAACAAGCUGACGCAUGAUAUUGAAAGCAACGUUCUUCAUAAAAUACACUCGGAAGUGAUGUCACUGCCUAAUCCACCGAACAAAGACUGGCUUGACCAAAAAUACGAACUCGGUGUUCAAGCCGAGCAUAUAGCUUUGGGAGAGGAGCAGAGGUUCUUAGCGAGAGUCAGGGAUGAGGAGAUGGACAACGCCGAGGAAACCUCCAUCCCGGUCCAGGCCAACUCGAUAGAUGCGCCGCUCACCCAAGAAGAGCUCAACAUCAUUCAGCCUCUAACCGCUCCCCCUUCGCUGGAUGAUUUUCCUCACAAAAAACGCGUGGACUUCAUGCAUCGCUUGUUUUGGACCAUGAAGCGCAAGAACCACGAAGCGGCAGCGAAACUCAAGGAACGCUUGCUACCAUCGGAGAUACUACCCAUGGUCAAGGAACAAGAACUUGCUGUUCUUCAACGCAUCUCAGACCACAUGCAGGGCCUGCAUCGUCCACCAACGCCUGCAGAAAUCGAACACGAGUACGACACACAGUCUGAGCACGAACUCCAAGACUGCAGCAAACUCGACCGUUUUGUGAAUAAAGCAAAGGAGUUUCACAAAAAUGCCAAGAUGUUCUUUGCAUCGGCAAAAGAUAAGGUUAUCGGCGCGUUCUGCAUCUCUGGCGCAAGCAGUGUAGCUCCUGCUGCUCGACACGCACCUCCUCCGCCGCCAGUCCAGGAUGUGAAAGGCCAAUUCAUGACUGCUCUCAAGCACGCGAUCAACAAGAUGAACAUCGACGCCAGCAACACCUGGAAUGGAGGCCAAGCCAUUCUCCAAUUGGCUCAGGUCGACGAUCUUGCGCUGAAGUUGGAGGCUCGCAUGUUGAACAACCUGGACCAAAAGCACAUCGGUACGCCCUUAACUCGUCAACAGCAAGAGACCUUAUACAUUCAGGCUGGUCACGAAAUGCUGAAGCAGAUUCGGGACAUCAACUGCUUCGUUCAGACAGUUCAAGCAUAUUUGGCUAUGCCUUUCUGA